AUGCUGCCUGUGUCGCUGGAUAGAUUGUGGGAGUUUGUCGAGCGGUGCACUCGCGGAACGGCGUGCUCCUCGCACGCCUUGGAUGGGCUCGUAUGGUUGUUGCCAGAUGUCUUUGCGGUCGCGAGGGACAUCGCGAUGGAAUCUGAGAGUUGCCCUCCACAGAUUUUGCGGCGCAGUACGAUAGUUGCCAACCUGGGUUGCGGCGGCCGCGUCAGCGGCUCGCCAGGCCGUCCCGCUUGCAUGCUGGCCGUGUGGGACAUCGCGAUGGAAUCUGAGAGUUGCCCUCCACAGAUUUUGCGGCGCAGCAUGAUGGUUGGCAACCUGGGUUGCGGCGGCCGCGUCAGCGGCUCGCCAGGCCGUCCCGCUUGCAUGCUGGCCGUGUGGCAGAGGCUCGGGGGCGUCGGCGAGCCUGGACGGGGUGGACGCGGGAGGACCGACCGCUGGUCUCUACGGCAGCCCACGGGCGCGCUCUUGCCGCCCAUCGACAGGGUCUGGCUUCACCCUGGACCUCACCUGCAGCGUGUAGAACAUUUAGGGAACAUUGCCCUUCUGGCGACUGUCGCUGAAGACAAUAUGGCAGCCCACAGGCCACAGAAAGCCCAGAGCAGGCAGCCAGACGCACUGCAGGACCGUCCUCUUCUUCAGCAUCUUCGUCGGUUUUUCCCAUGCUGCCUGUGUCGCUGGAUAGAUUGUGGGAGUUUGUCGAGCGGUGCACUCGCGGAACGGCGUGCUCCUCGCACGCCUUGGAUGGGCUCGUAUGGUUGUUGCCAGAUGUCUUUGCGGUCGCGAGGGACAUCGCGAUGGAAUCUGAGAGUUGCCCUCCACAGAUUUUGCGGCGCAGUACGAUAG